AUGUCGGAUACCGAAGAUAAUCAGGAUAUGUUACCGAGUUUGGUCCAGCAGAUAGUCCAACGGAUAACAGCGGGAGAGGUGAGUGAACGUCAGAUAUGUUUUAUGUUAAUGUCAGAUCAGUAGCCUGUUGGAGCAAAGCUGGCAUCUUCAGUAUGGUGUCCGCUAGAUCUAGGUGUGUAGUCUAGGUAGAGAGGACGGAUGGUCGAGGGUUUGUGCCGUCCUUGGAACAGGAUUAGGGAUGUAAAUAUAUAAUGUGCAUGAAAUAUGAGGAUUUGUAGAUGGGUGUUGUAAUUUUAUUUUAUUCUUAUCUAUCCAUUUUAUCUGUAUCUAUGCUAUCUGAAAGUGUGACGUGAGCAGUUCAUGUGGGGUGCAAGACUCACAAAGGUGUUUUUUCUCCAUGGAAUCUCCAUGAAGUCCUUUAUUUUCCUUUAUCCUUUUAUAGGUUGCAAACAAAUGCCAUUAUCUUAUGUCAAGGUUGUCAAUCAUCAUAAAUCGAAAUAUUGAAUUUAAAUAUACUAAUUAGGCUUUGCAGGAUACAAAGGGGUUACAUAAAGAAUAUACUGCAAAUGCAGGCCUAAGAAAUAUUGUAGGCUUUUGACCUAUUAACAUACAUUAUUAAAGACAUGCUCCGGAACUUUGGCGACUACCAAGUAUUUUUUAAACGUUCCACUUUGGGCUGGAUGUGUCUAUGUGUAAUUCAUACAUGCAUAAUCUAUGAGCAGAAUUAAUGUCUUACCUCAAUUAGCCACGAAAUUCCUAGUUUGAAAGUGACCGUUUUUUUGGAAGCUGUGCUGCACCAUUUCCCUACAUUUUCCCCCAGGUUGGCCAGCCCCUAGCAAUUCGAGUUCAACCAAUGAGCUUCAAGAGGCACAUCAUGCACCUACAGCAUAGCAAGAGACCGCAAUGACGUGGUCCACAAAUCUGCACAUAUGUGACAUUGUACGCAAUUGUUCGGGGACCACUUUUGCCGUGUGAAGGCUACUUUCAGAACUACAGUAUACAAAAGUACCAGAGAAUCUCUUUAAUGACCAUCCUUUAUUGUAACUAGGACCCCAUGUAAUAUUUACAUUUGGCAUGAACUUUAUUUUGGACAAUGCGCCAGAUGUGCAAACUGGUAGGGUAAGCUUUAGCCUACAUUUCAAGCCAUUCAUAAUUAAUAUGGCACUUCAUGGCCUAUAAUGUAGCCUAUUCCUAAUGCCCUUCCCUACAAAUAUUAUUCAGGACUAUGAGUGCACGUUCUCUGCAAAUGAUAGGCCUAACAGUUGCAAUUUUGGUAAUGCAACAAUGUAGCAUCUCUCAAGUGCAAUUUUGGAACAUUGUUGCAAACCUCAGGUUUUGGUCUAGUGCCCCCAUACUCAACUGGCGGACUGCAGUCCGGAUCCAGACCCAGAACGGGGUCAAUACGGACCACGGGCAGCUGUCUACUUGGUCGGGCUUCGACCCCUGGUAUCAUUUAAACACACAUAAGACAUGGAAAAAUUUGUACAAUUGCAGGAAUUGAGCUUUAAAACAGCAAAAACAUAUUUGACCCAUGCAAAAUGUGUAGAAUUGAAGGACAUUAGCUUUAAAACUGAAAAAUGUUCUGUCUGCCAACGAGGGGUGUGAAUAGUUUGUUACUAUGCUGAUAAAUGACGAUAUCAAAUCAAAUCACAUUUUAUUUGUCACAUGCGCCGAAUACAACAGGUGAAUUGCUUACUUACAAGCCCUUAACCAACAAUGCAGUUUUAUGAAAAAUAAGUGUUAAGUAAAAAAGAGAUGAGUAAAAAAAUUAAAAAAAUAAUAAUAAUUAAAGAGCAACAGUAAAAUAACAGUAGGGAGACUAUAUACAGGGGGUACCGGUACAGAAUCAAUGUGCGGGGCACAGGUUAGUCGAGUUAAUUGAGGUAAUAUGUACAUGUAGGUAGAGUUAAAGUGACUAUGCAUGGAUAAUAAACAGAGAGUAGCAACAGUGUAAAAAUGGGGUGGGGUGGGGUGGGGGGAUUAGCUAUUCAGGAGUCUUAUGGCUUGGGGGUAGAAGCUGUUAAGAAGCCUUUUGGACCUAGACUUGGCACUUCGGUACCGUUUGCUGUGCGGUUGCAGAGAGAACAGUCUAUGACUAGGGUGGCUGGAGUCUUUGACCAUUUUUAGGACCUUUCUCUGACACCGCCUAGUAUAGAGGUCCUGGAUGGCAGGAAUCUCUGCCCCAGUGAUGUACUGGGCCGUACAGAGGGUAGUGCCUUGCGGUCGGAGGCCGAGCAGGUGCCAUACCAGGCAACGAUGCAACCAGUCAGGAUAUCCAUCCGGACCUUAACCACCUAGGACAUUUGUGUGACCGGACCUUCUCAAAUAGUACUUGAGGAGGGGUACUCAAGUACUAUUUGAGAAGGUGCGGUCACCAGUGGCGGCUCCUGAAAAAAUUCUCAGGGGGGGCAAUUUUUCUGAUGAUUUAGGUGACCUACACACAUUUUAAAAAAGAUAUGUCCAGCAACAACAUGAAGACAGGGGCAGCAUAUAAGUCAAUACCAGAAGCAUUUAUUGACUGAUCUCAAAAGUGUUGGCUUACCAGGGUUGGUGGAGCCCUCAGUUUCAUCUUUGCCUCGCAAAGCUAACUCAAACACUCCGCAAAACUUCACACACUGGAUUAGCCGGCUGAGGAUGUGGCGGUUCUUGCUAAUGUCGUAGUAAAUAUAUUUGUUAUAGUGAAUAUGGAAUAUGAUAUGUUGAGUAAAAUGUUGUGCUAAGAUCUAUUUAGGUCAGGAGCUGGUUAUAAGUUCUGUUCCUAUCCAAUAACAAUGGACAAAAGGGUCCUAUCUUGUCAGCCUUGUCAGCAGGUGGCCAAGGACAACACCCACGCCAUAGGCCUCUCAGUUCUUCCAACUCACGAGUUCUUGCUCUGAGGACACACACACACACACACACAAACACACACACACACAUCAUCACUGUUAAACACACACACACACAUCAUCACUGUUAAACACACACACACACACACACACACAAAAAUCCCCUCUCUUAGGCUGAACAUUUGAAGACAGAGAACCCGACUCAGAGCCAAUGCAACAGUGACAGUAGCCUGGAGGGGACCUCGCCCAACUCAUCAGGACCAAUCAGAAGAUCAGAACUACUAGAUUCAACCUACUUCAUUUAUUGCAUAAAAUGUCUGCACACAAUGUUUCGGGGCUCUCUUCAGAUAAUAAUAAUAAUAAUAAUAAUAAUAAUAAUAAUAUGCCAUUUAGCAGACGCUUUUAUCCAAAGCGACUUACAGUCAUGCGUGCAUACAUUUUUGUGUAUGGGUGGUCCCGGGGAUCGAACCCACUACCUUGGCGUUACAAGCGCCGUGCUCUACCAGCUGAGCUACAGAAAGUGGAUACUCAUGGAUGCGCAUCGCAAUUGUAAAAUGUCAACACAAUUGGAGACACCACGUCAUUUUUGGAGACAUGUUAUUGACAGUAAACUAUUGUAGAUGCGACUGCUAACUAAAUAAAACAUUUUAGCUGGCUAGCUAAUCAUCUUAGCUAAAUGUGGGGCAAACAAUUCAGUUAUUUACCGUUAAUUUGAGGGAUUGGGGUGAAAGAAAUCGAGUUACAUAGUGAUACUUUACGAUAUACUGUAUUGACAAUAUCGCAAUAUUUUAGCGCUAGUUGGCUGUACCUGCACCAAAACACCAUUAUUGUUCCUUCAUAGCUUGUUCUCAAUCUUUUCACAUUGGGAGCCAAUUUGUUUUCAGCACUUUUAUUUCCAUGACUGAUCAAAACUCGUUCUCAUGGCUUUCUGAUCCCUCUGCAACAGACAUAUGGUGUGCAAUAAAAUCACAGUAUCGAAUCGCAAUACGUAUAGAAUCAUGAGACUCGCAAUGCAUAUAUCUUAUCGUGAGGUUCCUGGCAAUUCCCAGCCCAAGUUCAUUUGCCACAACAAAUCUCUUCGCUAGCAAACGCGAUGUCUUCUCCAAAACGGCAAUGUGUCUCCAGCAAUGUUUACUUUUUUGACGUUCUAUGGCAUCUCCACUUUCCAAGCAUAUAUGACCACAUGUAAUAUUUUGGUAAGUGAUGCAAAUAGUGAACUAUGUAGGGCCAGGAUGUAAAAUAUAUGUAGCUGCAGCAAUUUCUCUUAUCUGAUAUGGUAAGUAAUGGGGCUUAAUGUAUAGCUCCCUAAGAGUUUGACGAACGGGUCCGUGCACGCGAUUCCAGAUAUCUUUACCUCUGAAUAAACUGCCUUUAUUAUACCAUAUCCACCCUGUCCAAAGUCUCUACUUGGUCUCAGUUCUCCAGUAAACUUGUGAUUAUCAACACUAACCUCAUCGUUGUGGCGGCGGACAGCUAGCCUGUAUCCCUCAUCCAGUUGAGUGGCAAUGUUCUUUUUUCGUUCGUACCAAUUUUUGGAAAAUCCUCGGGUGUAGGACUUUCCGCCUUUAGUAGAAACCUGUUGAAUUAUUAAAUUUGGUCUGGGAGGUCCUAAUUGUUUCGUUGCCAAUUUAUCUUGAUUUGUUCGCCGACAAAAAGGAACUUCUUUCAAAGAGACAAUCGAGUUGCACUGCCAUUUUGACAGUAAUAGUGAAUUGAUUGAUGAGGCUACCCGCUCUUUUCUUAGUUACGUUCAUGGUUAUGUUACGUAUGACGAAAGCGCGUAAGUGCAAGCCCUCAGACACCCAUAGAGAUUGUAUUGAAAGCUCUGAUAUUUGAAAAAAAUAGAUUUUACAUGGGAGUCUAUGACAGACUUCUGGGCGAUUUUCAACCUGACUGAAAUCGCCCCAAAAGGGGGGGUGGCCAUUUGAAGCACGACUUUAGCCUGAUUGGACAUUUAGUGGCAGAUCAGACCAGACGUCUAGAUUACAACACUGAUAACUACUGUUGCCGUGAUAUAAUUGAUUAGAAAAAAAAUCCCUUCCUUUUCCCGUUUGGCAGUGCGUCGCCCAUAUCGCCCUAUUGAACACACCGCCCCUGGCGGUCACACACAUUUUCUAGGUGGCAAAGCAUUUAUCAGCCAGUGAAACCCGAUCCAAUUGCCCUUCCCCUCUUUUAACCCAAUGAGUCCCACCGUAUCGCCGGCACAUUUUGGACUUCUAACCCUUUUAAAAUAUUGUGUGUUUGAGCUACACUUCUGUGUUGUACCAUUGUAUUCGUCUAUUUCUUCUGCAUCCAUAGAUACCAACCAUUGUGUAAUUAACAUGGGCUGAGCUAGAGCCGUGUUUGCAAGACAAGGGCGGAUCCCGAUGUUGCCCGGGGCCAAAUGCUUUGAGCUACAAACUAUUAAAAGCUAUCUAUGAAAAUCUGAUUUCUCUAUGAUGCCAAAGAUUAUGAAUAUACUGACAAGAUAGAUAGUUUCUCCGUCCUAACAAUGGGAGUUAUUUUCCACAAAGCGGGACGGUGUGUUUAGCUCCCGCCUAUCCUUUCUUUGGAUUGGUGGAUGCAUCUCAUUAUUGUAAUUCUUUUUUGAAUAUUUGAUGAGGGUUGUUAACGUCAACCACCUGUAUUCAAUGGAGAGACAUGCUGUGCUACUAGCCUCAUGCCAUGAAUAUGCAUACCCAUCUUGAGACAACGCCGAUAGAAAGUGUCCUACUUAUAUCAGUACAGUCAUAACAAAUUAAACAUUACGAAACUUCUAUUCGAUCAAAUCAACCUCACGUAGCAAAUAAGCCAUACAUUGUUUUGUUGACCAAAUGCGAAACUCUCCCAUUGACCUCCAUAAAAAAACUCCUUGCUUGGUCAGCGAAACGAUGAAAAAACGCCACCUGCUGGAGGGAGACAGAUUUUCCGCCGAGUUAGGCCUCUCUUCCUCUCUGAUGACUCUCACAAGCUAUACAAGCGUCGUUAACACAUGUCAAACUCAUUCCACGGAGGGCCGAGUGUCUGCGGGUUUUCACUCCUCCCUUGUACUUGAUUGUUGAAUUAAGGUAACUAAUUAGUAAGGAACUCCCCUCACCUGGUUGUCUAGGUCUUAAUUGAAAGGAAACACCGAAAACCCGCAGAUACUCAGCCCUCCAUGGAAUGAGUUUGACACCCCUGUUACAUAGAUCAUUGGAAAUCCUAGGACAGGGUUCUUCAAUUCCGGUCCUGGAGGGCCGAAACACUUCUGUUUUUUAUUUCUACCUGGUAGUUAAUUGCACUCACCUGGUGUCCCAGGUCUGAAUUAGCCCCUGAUUAGAAAGAGAGGAUGAAAAACAGAGGUGUCUCGGCCCUCCAGGACCGGAAAUGAAGAACCCUGUCCUAGGACAUCGUGUCUAUAAUACUGUAAUAAGCUCACAUAGUUGCUGUCACAAAGGCCAAACUCCACACAGUUGUCACUGACUAGUUGGAUAUUAAUUUCCCAGUGAGCAAACCAUUUCUGUAGGCCACUUACAGCAUUCAUAAACAUUGAUUUUUAUCAGGUUUAUGCUUUGGCGGAUUUUCCUUUUAUUGCCAUUUGUCAAUAAAACUCAUGAAUGCAACUGUUUGUGUCGAGUUGUUUUGUGUUGUACUUGUAGCCCUAGUUGUCCUGAAAAUAAAACGGCAAAACACUUAAUUGUGAGGCUAAAUAUAAAGUCUGGAAAUGCAGAUAAAUUAAAGUCCGAUUUUUACUGGGAUCUCGGGACUGAUAGGGUUAAAUCCUCAGGGCUGCAGCAUUGUUACUAUGGUGAUUUCGGUGCCUCCACCCCGCCGCACACAGCUUGCUGCUGUCUGUCAUUGCUUGAACUGCACCAGCAUUUCGACUGUGGCUGAUUCACGCGGCGCGGUUUUAUCCAUACCGUCUAGUCACGGUAUUUAAUUCAUUGUCGACUCAACAGCGCUCGUGAGUGUGGUAGUCGUCAUCUUUAACAUACGUUGGAGAAGUUUUAAUAAGCUAAACGCCGCAAAAAAAUACAAAUAAUGAUGUCUGCGGUGUCGCGACGUAACUCAAUUUUACCGGUAAGUGGAAAUUGUACAGGUCGUACUAGUUUUAAUAUGACAAAAUAUGGUAAGUAACACCCUCGUGGAACGUUACUGAUUCAUAAUUGUUUGAGGUUUACAGACUCGAUGGUUGACCUUGUUUUUCUUAUUUCAAAUUGUGAGGUCGAAAUUAGGGUAUUUUUAUAGCAAGAAUUCCCUGUUAAAUAUGGUAAUGAGUUUCUGUGGUUCCUUUCUUUUGAGGAAUUGUUAGCCUUGUUGUAACCCAUUUUGUGCUUCCUCAACUAACCAACAAGCUGAUGCAUGAACUUCCCUAAUUAUGUGCAUGACCUACCAGGGUAGAGGAUACACUUAAUGUAUUUUUGUUUGUUUGACUGUUUCAAAGUAUUUGAAGUAGGUAGGCCUAAUACAAUGAAGAAUGUGCUUUAUGUAGACAUGCCUAGUCUAUCAACUUGCCUCUUUCAAAUGAAAUUGUACAAAAGUAAUGAUAAUAUCGGCCUAUGCGAUGUAUGUUACUGUAGGCCAGCGUUUCCCAAACACCGUCUUGGGGACCCCAAGGUGUGCACGUUUUUAGUUUUUUACCCUAACAGUAAAAAAACACAGCUGAUUUCAAAUAAUCAAAGCUUGAUGAUGAGUUGAAUCAGCUGUGUAGUGUAAGGGCAAAAAAUAACUAUGUGCACACCUUGGGGUCCUCAGGACGGAGUUGCUGUAGGCUUAGUCUCAUCUGGUAUGUGGGAGUAGUUAGCCUGGGCAUGAGACUACUGGAGACAUACUAGUGCUGUCUGUGUCCACACCAGGUCCCUAUCAAGAAUAUUGAGCGGGAGCUCAUUUGUCCGAUUUGCAAGGAGCUGUUUACGCACCCGCUCAUCUUGCCCUGUCAGCACAGUGUUUGUCACAAGUGUGUCCGAGAGCUGUUGCUGUUGAACCAUGAGGAUUCCUUCGACGCUGGGUCUGAAUGUUCCCUCCCUGGGAGCCCGGGACCCCGAUCCAGAGUGCCCUCACCAAGCAUGGAGAGGCUGGAUAGGCUUGCAAGAUCAGGUGCGUUUGGGUUUUGCCAGUGAUCAUGCCCAUGUUGUGAUUCUGGCAACGUCACAUGCAAUAUGCAGUAAAGUUCUAUGGACCUGUCAUACCCAUUUUAAUCUUUCACAUGUAUUUGCUGAAAGUCAUUCUCUGGGUUGUAGAAUGAAAUGGACACCACUGCCGAUUCCCAUCCAGUUUAAAAUCAUAAUGUCAAUGUUCAUACUUUUCCUUUAGUCUUGUUAACUUAGAGACCAUUUUACGUUUCUUAAACAGAAUGAAGAAACACGACAAGCAUUUAAGUCAUCACUUUUGUUUUGUCUAGACUCUAAUUCCAUGUCCUUAAGGCAUUCACUCCAAAAAAAACUUUAAAUUAUAGUUCUAUUGUGUGGAUAUUGACUUAGUAAUACCAAGCAAUUUCUUAACACAGAAUCCCUAUCGUUUUCAGCACCUUGAUAGGAUGAGGCUAGAGUUAUGUACAGAUGGCGGAACAAAGCAUGACUGUUAUCCCACUAAAGCAUUUUAAAUGCGUGUGUGUGUGGGGGGGGGGCACUAUUAUUAUUUGCUUUGCAAAAAAAAAGCUGAGGUCAAUGUCUAAAUCCAAGGUGUAAAAAGCAUGGACUGAGACGAGGCAGUCUUUCACUUAUCCAUGAGCUGGUCCCUGCCACUCCAAAGGUCUGCAUCUAUUAACACAGUGGAUACAUUCAAUGCUGUUUAGAAAACAGGGUUAUAGAGCUGGUAAUAAUAUAAUCCAUCCUUGGUCAUUUUAAGAUUCAUGAACUCCAUUACAAUCCCGUGGGGUUAGUAACCAUUGCAUUUAUGCAGUGGAUUUAGUAAAACAAAAUCUGAUAAUUACAUUGACGAAAUCUUAAAGGACAUUAUUUAAGGGAUAUUUUGGCAAUGAGGCCCUUUAUCUACUUCCCCAGAGUCAGAUGAACUCCUGGAUAUCAUUUUUAUGUUUGUGUCCAGUAUGAAGGAAGUUAGAGGUAGUUUGUGAGCCAAUGCUAACUAGCGUUAGCACAAUGACUGGAAGUCUAUGGGUAACUGCUAACUCUAACUUCCUUCAUACUGGACACUGAGACAUAAAAAUGGCAUCCACAUGUUUAUCUGACUCUGGUGAAGUAGAUAAAGGGCCCCAUUGCCAAAAUCCUGAAGUAUCCCUUUAACAUACCUUUCAGUAAAUGUCUUAAAUCUCUGACAGCAUUACAGUAACUGUUUCACCCUUGCUGAUUGGACGUCAGCCCAGUGGUGGUCAUGGUGACGUAACCAGCCUGCAUGGAAUGAAUGAGGGAUUAAAUCAACUGAAGCCCGGACUCCAAUAUAUUUAUCAGACAAGUGCUUUAAAAGCUAACAAUGGUUUGUUAAACUCAAUGUACCUAUAGAUGGUUUGAAAUCUGUGAAUUCACAAGUUUUGACCUAAACCUUUUAAGAGGGCAAUUUCUUUUAAGCACUGUUAUGUGUUGGCACUUGUCCACUGUUAUUGGAAGUACAUCAGGUUUGACUCCAUUUCUGUUCACAUACUGUAUAUGUUAAUCUCACUUCACUUCUUUGUCCAUUGCUUGCAGCCACACUGCAGAGAAGGUCGUUUGGGAGGAGAGGUAGACGCGGGUUCCAUUUUUUGAAUAGCUGUAGUAGUGAGUACAGUGUUACUAGACCCCCUGUGAACCCCAACUUACUGUUACUCUACUGUACGUAACCCACAGCUGACAAUAGGCCACCUGUUUUUGGUAGACGUGGCAUUCUGGCUUUUUAAAAAGUCUACUGAGCAAAGGCAUAAAUGUAAAGUAUGUCCUACCAAUUUGUCUACAUUUGGUGUUUUGUUCCUUUUUUCUGGCCUGGUGCUUUCAGGGUUUAGUUCUCUCCAUUCAGCACGUGCAUGUCUUAGUAAGCAGGUUGGCGAAUGAGAGCGAGCUACAGCUCUGGAUGGGAAUCUGAGAGGUGAGAGAAAUGGGUAUGGAUGUUAAGGAACUGGUUUAAAGUCACAUUUCUUAAUGCCUGGGCAAAUGUAGAGGGGUCUCCCCUCCCUGUAGCCUCUGACGCAUUCAGUACCUUAUGGAGGCCGGUAGAUUAACUUUUAGAAGCGGCAGGGGACCUAGUUAUAUGUAACAAAACACAGGGGGAUAGUUUUAGACAUGUCAAGAUUCUCUAGAUCAGGGGUGUCAAACUCAUUCCACGGAGGGCAGAGUGUCUGCAGGUUUUUCCUUUCAAUUAAGCCCUAGACAACCAGGUGAGGGGAGUACCUUACUAAUUAGUGACCCUAAUUCAUAAGUCAAGUACAAGGGUGGGGCGAAAACCCGCAGACACACGGCCCGCCGUGGAAUGAGUUUGAUACGUGCUCUAGAUUAUACCACUGCAACCUUCAAUCAUAUUCCUGCUGACAGGCUUGCCCCAGGGAUGCUUUUUUAGCUCUCCGGUUCAGCUGUAAUUGAAAAUGAUUACGUUUUAGAGACUUGUGUGUUUGUAGAGAUUGCUCUUGGCCACAAGCCAAUGUUCUAACCAACUAAUUGUUCUAGUUGUGACACACCCCUAAAGCACAAUGCCAAACAAAACAAUGGUCUUACUGAAACUUUAGCAGACAAUUUUCUGUCAUUCAGUAUUUACUUAUUUUUUUUAUGUUGUAGUGCUCAGUAGAUGUUUUAAAAAGGGUAUGCCGCAAAUGUCCUCCUAAUGCUAGUGAAAGAUUCCCUCCAUUUAUAAACACUUCUUCAACAACAUCUCCUAACAAGUGCAUCUGAACAAUUCUCUAAAAUGGCACCAGAAUGAGUCUUACUUAAUGCCGGAAACCAACUAGUUGUCCCUUUCAUAGAUAUCAAUUAUGAAAGGCAACCAACAGCUUUGUAUGAAAGCCAUUCAUCUUGACAGUAUAUUUUUCAGGUAGAGUUAAAAAAAGGUGUAGGGAGGAUGAAUUUUAGAUGUAUUUCUCCCAGCUUGUACAGUAUUUGGCUUAGUCACAUACUCUUGGCAAGAUUGACUGCAUCCCUUUUGUAAUGCAGUCCUGGUUAUGGCGAUGGGGCUCUGUCGCGUUAUGAUGACUCAAACCGUGUUGUUAAUGAUGUGGUUCUGUAGGUGACCCACCCCUUUGCCCUGCUAGAAUGGCCUUGCGAUGACUCGUCAGUUUCUGCCCUGAGCUCUUUCUCUGCACUAGCAAUCACGCUCUGAAUCCCACUGUGGCAGCAGGCAGCGUCUCAGCCUGCUGCCGGACACCUCGCUGCCGCAACCCCUUCCCUCCCCGACCAGAACACCCACCCAGCCUAAGUAUCUGUCCUCCUUUUAAUCAUCGCCUUCAGGCCAAGACACUUGGCCCCCACCUCAUCGAUUUCCAUUCCAAGACCCUCCCUGACCUGCGUCUUCAUCCAAAACACCAAGCCUGCUCACCCACUAUUCCAUCGUCCUCAGUCUCCCGUGAUUAUACACAGUCACACACACAUUCCAAAUGCAAACUGCAUGUUUGACACGCAUGCAAGCUUUGCGCCCACCACUCGUCUGUGUUCGUGCUCUGUAAAACGUUUUUUUUUUUUUCUUUGCUUGCCACUUUCCUUCGUGCGUUUCAUGCUCAGUGACAUGGUCCAGCUGCUUGCAUCUGUCAUGUGUCAUGAAGGCUGUUCUCAUCAUAUUUUCUAAUAAUAUGCUACAGAUUUGUAGUCUUUCUAGAUGAUAAUGCUUUACAAGGCAUCUGUGGUGUGAGCGAGUGUUGUGAUACGUUGAACUGGACAAAUGGUUUCAAAAUGAAUUUCCUCUGCAGGUAGUGGAAAUCAAUUACACUCUUACCCUUUGGUUGAUUUGAGAUGACAUCUCUGUUCUGUUUCAGUUAGUUUUGUCAGUGGGUUUCCCACCUUUAACGUUCCACCUGAUUUUGUAAUCGAUUUAAAAGAAUUCAGAUUUUAUGUGAAUCUUUGUGUCCAGGUCAUUGUAAACACAUGCUCUUCCGAUCUCUUGUGUGAUCCAUUGUUGAGGGGCCACCCUGUAGAGAGAGCAGCCUGGGAAGGAAGGACCUGUGUUUGUUUCUGUAGGACACUGACCCUUCCCGUCAGUGUUUGUCUGCUUGUCUCUGUGCAGGCCCACCCCUAGAUUAGUCCUCUAAUGGUUGUUCUGUCCUAUCAGGAUCCAUCUCCUCACCAGGAUGGAGGCGUGGCUCUGUGACCCCCCGCGUCACCACUUUCCCGUGCCCAGGCUGCCAACACGACGUGGACCUGGGUGAGCGGGGCAUGAGCAUGCUCUUCCGGAACUUCACCCUGGAGAGCAUUGUGGAGCGCUACCGGCAGGCGGCCCGCGCUGCCGUGGCGAUCAUGUGCAACAUGUGCAAACCGCCCCAGCAGGAGGCUACCAAGAGCUGCAUGGACUGCAAGGCCAGCUACUGCAACGAGUGCUUCAAGUUCCACCACCCAUGGGGCACCCCCAAAGCCCAGCACGAGUAUGUGGGGCCCACCAUGAACUUUAGGCCCAAGGUAGAUACCAUUGUCCACCUCGGAGGGGUUUUCAUUGUUUAUCGUGACUAGGUUUCGUUGCUGUUGAUUUUAGAUUAGUGACUGGUUGUACAGUUGCCCAUUCAGAGCUAAUGAAUUACGAGUCAAUGGAAGGAAUACAUUUCCUCCAGUAUUAACAGACUUAUUCCCCAGGCCGUUUUGCGCAUUUGUGGUGUGGCGGGUUUGCGAUCUGAAAAUGGGCACUAAUCCAAUGUGUUGCUUAUGUCCGUCCAGGUGCUGAUGUGUCCGGAGCACGAGAUGGAGAAGGUGAACAUGUACUGCGAGGUUUGCCGCCGUCCAGUCUGUCAUUUGUGCAAGCUGGGAGGCUCCCACGCCAACCACAAAGUCACAUCAAUGAGCAGCGCCUACAAGAUCCUCAAGGUACCGUAUAACUAACCAUUGUCUCGAACCGUUCACUUGACCUGACUUGAAAGUAAUCAGGGGUCUAUACUCUAGGAACCUAACAGGCCGAAAGGGGAGGGACCUACCUGAAUUUAUCCAAUAAGAAAGUCUUGUUUUCUUUGCAAAAUGUUUUCUGUCGCAAGUAUUUUUGCUACGGUGUUCACUAAUGAAUACAACCCUAGGGGAAAAAGUGUUAGUUUUGAAGUGGUUGUCUGCCCAACUGGUCAGUGAAGCAGUGAUGUUUGCAUACUAUUUUACCCACUUUAUAUACUACAUGGCCAAAAGUAUGUGGACACCUGAUCGUCGAACAUCUCCUUCCAAAAUGAUGGUAUUAAUAUGGAGUUGGUCCCCCCCCCUCCCCCUUUGCUGCAAUAACAGCCUUCACUCUUCUGGGAAGGCUUUCCACUAGAACGUUGUUGUAGGGCAAUUAGGCCUGGCUCGCAGUUGGCAUUCAAAUUCGUUCCCCAAAGGUGUUCGAUGGGGUUGAGGUCAGGGCUCUGUGCAGGCCAGUCAAGUUCUUUCACACCGAUCUCGACAAACCAUUUCUGUAUGGACCUCGCUUUGUGCACGGGGGCAUUGUCAUGCUGAAACAGGAAAGGGCCUUCCCCAAACCGUUGCCACAAAGUUGGAAGCACAGAAUGGUCAAGCAUGUCAUUGUAUACUCUAGCGUUCAGAUUUCCCUUCAUUGGAACUAAGGGGCCUAGCCCGAACCAUGAGAAACAGCCCAAGACCAUUAUUCCUCCUCCACCAAACUUUACAAUUGGCACUGCAUUCGGGCAGGUUCUCCUGGCAUGCGCCAAACCCAGAUUCGUCCGUCGGACUGCCAGAUGUUGAAGUGUGAUUCUUCACUCCAGAGAACGCGUUUCCACUGCUCCAGAGUCCAAUGGCGGCGAGCUUUACACCUCUCCAGCCGCCGCUUUGCAUUGCGCUUGGUGAUCCGUUUUCAUGAAGCUCCCAACGAACAGUUCUUGUGCUGACGUUGCUUCCAGAGGCAGUUUGGAACUCUGUAGUGAGUGUUGGAACCGAGGACAGAUCUUUACUUGUUUUAGCACUCGCCGGUCCCGUUCUGUGAGCUUGUGUGGCCUACCACUUCGCAGCUCAGCAGUUGUUGCUCCUAGACGUUUCCGCUUCACAAUAACCACUUACAGUUGACCGGGGCAGCUCUAACAAGGCAGACAUUUUACGAACUGACUUGUUGGACUGCUGGCAUCCUAUGACGGUGCCACGUUGAAAGUCACAGAGCUCUUCAGGACAGGCCAUUCUACUGCCAAUGUUUGUCUAUGGAGAUUGCAUGGCGGUGUGCUCGAUUUUAUACACCUGUCAGCAACGGGUGUGGCUGAAAUAGCCAAAUUUGAAGGGGUGUCAUACUUUUGGUGUAUGUAUAUACUUUAUUCUUGGCUCAUCCUAUAUAACUACUGCUGUACACACCUUUUCUAUUCACAUAUUGUCUGCACACCAUUCACAUGCCCGGACUCUGGCCCGGAAGCUAAUUUCCUGCAGUUCUAUCAAUUUUGCCAUGGGAUUUUUGUACUGUGUAUUUAAACACUGUUUUAUCGACAUAGCUCAUGCUAAUAUAUCUACUGCUGUACAUAGCAUUCUUAGUAUACAGUAUCUUGUGUAACUCCAUCUGAGUGUGUAUAUACAGUGAGGGAAACAAGUAUGAUCCCCUGCUGAUUUUGUAUGUUUGCCCACUGACAAAGAAAUGAUCAGUCUAUAAUUUUAAUGGUAGGGUUAUUUGAACAGUGAGACAGAAUAACAACAAAUAAAUCCAGAAAAACGCAUGUCAAAAAUGUUAUAAAUUGAUUUGCAUUUUAAUGAGGGAAAAAAGUAUUUGACCCCUUCUCAAUCAGAAAGAUUUCUGGCUCCCAGGUGUCUUUUUAUACAAGUAACGAGCUGAGAUUAGGAGCACACUCUUAAAGGGAGUGCUCCUAAUCUCAGCUUGUUACCUGUAUAAAAGACACCUGUCCACAGAAGCAAUCAAUCAAUCAGAUUCCAAACUCUCCACCAUGGCCAAGACCAAAGAGCUCUCCAAUGAUGUCAGGGACAAGAUUGUAGACCUACACAAGGCUGGAAUGGGCUACAAGACCAUCGCCAAGCAGCUUGGUGAGAAGGUGACAACAGUUGGUGCGAUUAUUCUCAAAUGGAAGGAACACAAAAGAACUGUCAAUCUCCCUCUGCCUGGGGCUCCAUGCAAGAUCUCACCUCGUGGAGUUGCAAUGAUCAUGAGAACGGUGAGGAAUCAGCCCAGAACUACACGGGAGGAUCUUGUCAAUGAUCUCAAGGCAGCUGGGACCAUAGUCACCAAGAAAACAAUUGGUAACACACUACGCCGUGAAGGACUGAAAUCCUGCAGCGCCCGCAAGGUCCCCCUGCUCAAGAAAGCACAUAUACAGGCCCGUCUGAAGUUUGCCAAUGAACAUCUGAAUGAUUCAGAGGAGAACUGGGUGAAAAUGUUGUGGUCAGAUGAGACAAAUCGAGCUCUUUGGCAUCAACUCAACUCGCCGUGUUUGGAGGAGGAGGAAUGCUGCCUAUGACCCCAAGAACACCAUCCCCACCGUCAAACAUGGAGGUGGAAACAUUAUGCUUUGGGGGUGUUUUUCUGCUAAGGGGACAGGACAACUUCACCGCAUCAAAGGGACGAUGGACGGGGCCAUGUACCGUCAAAUCUUGGUGAGAACCUCCUUCCUUCAGCCAGGGCAUUGAAAAUGGGUCGUGGAUGGGUGGCGCAGAGGUCUAAGGCACUGCAUCGCAGUGCUAACUGUGCCACUAGAGAUCCUGGUUCGAAUCCAGGCUCUGUCGCAGCCGGCCGCGACCGGGAGACUCAUGGGUGGCGCACAAUUGGCCCAGCGUCGUCCAGGGUAGGGGAGGGAAUGGCCGGCAGGGCUGUAGCUCAGUUGAUAGAGCAUGGCGUUUGCAACGCCAGGGUUGUGGGUUCGAUUCCCACGGGGGGCCAGUAUAAAAAAAAAAAAAAAAAAAGAUGUAUUCACUAACUGGAAGUCGCUCUGGAUAAGAGCGUCUGCUAAAUGACUAAAAUGUAAAUGUAUUCCAGCAUGAAAAUGACCCAAAACAUACAGCCAAGGCAACAAAGGAGUGGCUCAAGAAGAAGCACAUUAAGGUCCUGGAGUGGCCUAGCCAGUCUCCAGACCUUAAUCCCAUAGAAAAUCUGUGGAGGGAGCUGAAGGUUCGAGUUGCCAAACGUGAGCCUCGAAACCUUAAUGACUUGGAGAAGAUCUGCAAAGAGGAGUGGGACAAAAUCCCUCCUGAGAUGUGUGAAACCUGUUGGCGAACUACAAGAAACGUCUGACCUCUGAUUGCCAACAAGGGUUUUGCCACCAAGUACUAAGUCAUGUUUUGCAGAGGGGUCAUACUUAUUUCCCUCAUUAAAAUGCAAAUAAAUGUAUAACAUUUUUGACAUGUGUUUUUCGGAUUUUGUUGUUAUUCUGUCUCUCACUGUUCAAAUAAACCUACCAUUAAAAUUAUAGACUGAUCAUGUUUUUGUCAGUGGGCAUACGUACAAAAUCAGCAGGGGAUCAAAUACUUUUUUGCCUCACUGUACGUAUAGAUUGCAUUUGGAUUACUGUUAGUGCUAUUUGGAUUGUUAAUUGCAUUACUUUAACAUUUUACUGCAUUUUUAGGAGCUAUUCACUUAAGCAUUUUGCUGCACUAGCUAUAAAAUUUGAACUAUGUACACAACCAAUAAACUUUGAUUUUGAGCCCCCUAAUGAAAUAUUUAUCAGUGAUUUGUACCUGUGCUGAAUGGCAUGUGUCCACAGUAUCAGUUUAUCUUUGAGCAGUGUAAUCCACGUGUGCGGUCAUCAACAAGCAAACCUUGUCUCUCUCCCCCCCCAGACUAGACAGAGGUCAAUCAGCCACUGAAAGCAGAGGGAAAGAGGACUCUGUCCUUUUGACUGUAAUCUUAGAGGCCUAUGGACUCAUUCAUAUUUAAUGUAAUCAUUUGUAUCUUAUGAUUAUCUAUCUAUUGAACAUCUCUGGUGGCGGUCUCUCGGCUGGCCGUACUGUAUGCAGAGGCAUAUUAGGUGUUUUGUUCUACUGAACAACCGGAAUCUUCCGGGAUGAGGUAGGAUUUCCAAUGCGGUUUCUCAAUGCGCUCAAAUGUUAUUAUACCAACAGGAGAAGCUAUCAAAGAGUAUCCAUUACUUAAUCAGCAAAGAGGACCAAGUGAGGACUCAGAUUUCCCACAUGGAGGUGUUGAUCAAUGAAACUGAGGCAAGUAGCUGUUGACGGAAUAAAACUAGUCCUGUGUUGUCUGUGACUGUUUACAUGACUAUUUGUGUCUUAUGUUAAAUAACAAAGGGACAUUCUGUCUGCACUGAGAAGGAAGGUCACAUAUUCAAAUACAUGUAAAUGCAUACUAAUUUCACUGCAGAAGAGUUUGCCUAGUCUGACCUUGUCUGUACUGUAUUAUGAUGGCUUUCUCUUUCGUUUACAUUUGUAAUAGUACAUCUAUGCUAGCCUGGUCUCAGAUCUGUUUGUGCCAUCAUUCCUGCUUUUUGUCAUGCCAAACUCCUUGUGGCAUGAUGGCACAAACAGACUGGGCCAUAGGCUACUUCUAUGCAGUUGUAUUGCACCAUGAUGCGUUGACACCCCUCUCUACUUCUACAGGAGAAUGGCCAGGUGGCGGAGUGUCGGGCCAACGAGCACUUUGAGCGGCUGUUCCAGACCCUCCAGGAGAGGAAGUCUGAGAUGCUGAACUCCAUUGCGCAGUCGAGGACGCGGCGUCUGGAGCAGCUCCGGGGCCAGGUGGAAGAGUACCAGGGCAUGCUGGAGAAUAGCGGCCUGGUGGGCUACGCCCAGGAGGUCCUCAAGGAGACAGACCAGUCCUGCUUCGUUCAGACGGCCAAGCAGCUGCACACCAGGUCAGCUUCCGCUCCAGGGACAAGUUUCCCCUAGGUGCAGCUUCCCCUCCCCCAAUCAUAACCUUAACCAGUAGUGGGGAAAUGCUAAUCUGACCUAAGAUCAGCUUCUAGGGCAACUUCACCCUCCAGCCGCCAGCCCUGACUGCCUGCCACUCCCAACACAUUAGUAUAUGAAGGCAGUUUAUAGACUGGUUCCCAAAGGAUUCCAUCAGUGGCGAUAAAUGCUAUUGGCUAAUUGUUAUUUAAUAUCACCAUUCUUUAAGAAAGGUCAGUAAUCGAAAGGCCUCCAUUCAUAAAGCACAAAGGGUCCAUUUUUAAACUCUGUAUUACAGGCCAAAACACAAUUUCCCUGUGGCUGCUCUUGUCCUCUAGGUUUCCUAAUGGGGAUUUGGGUGCUGUUAUUUUAGUACUGGAGGAAUCAAUCUGCUUAUAUGGGUGGGUUGAGUGUGUCAAAGAUCCAUGACACCAAGUUUCGUUUCCCAUGGACACUCUGGGAGAGAUUGGAAUGGCAAAGUGCUGUUUACAUUCUCCAUGUCCCGCUCUAAUCCUGCUAAUUGAUCUCAACUAAAAAAAAUAAAAAAAAAGCAGCUUUGGGACUUUAUUCACCGAACGCUUUUAGUUUUAUGAACACUGCUACAUUCACCCACCCACACACGUCUCCCUCCCAUGCUCAUUUAUCUGGCCUGGGAAAUGGUUCCCGCUCUGAUAGUGGUCUCCUUGCUAGCAUGUAGUGGACACUACAAAGUGAAUGGCUGCCAUUUUGUGUCCUCUCUCUUUCUCUCUCUAGGAUCGCGAAAUCCACAGAGUCUCUAAGGACGUUCCACCCCGCGGCCAACCCCUCCUUUGAUGAGUUUGUGCUAGACACUUCCAGAGAGGAGACUCUGCUGAAGGAGCUGUGUUUUGGGGGAGGUGAGUCCCCCCCCCCCCCAGUAUGAAGUACAGUAUUUAAUGAUGUAUGAGGACAUCGCAAUGAAAGCCUAAAGUUGAACCCUAAUUCAAUUUGUUGACACUCCUCAUCGGUUCCCCUCUAAGUCACCUCCGCCUCAACCAGUCAGUCACUUUCACCUCCUCCUGGGCUCUGCUCUCUGUUAAGACACUGGUAACCAGAAGCCCUUUUAAUUGAAUAAGCUGGUUACGCGCCUGAUAUACACACAGAGAGCAUUGCAGGGCUUUUUCUGGUCCGCUGCUUUGCAUAGACUCUCAUCCCCAUGUCUGGAUGUAAAGAGAAGGGAACUGUGCGGCAGGCUGGAUAUAAUUGUGUUCCUGUGAAAAGGAACUGAUUUGACAUGCGCAUAUCAAGUAGGGGCAGUGCAACCCAGGAAGUAAACUGGAGGCUACUUAUAAGCUCUAAUCUAACUGUCUGUCCUUAGAAUGAGCUCCAACCCUGCUCCCUCUGUCCCACAGGUGUUACUGUUUGUAUUGAAUGGGCUUGUGGGCUCAUCGCGCUAUAACGAUUACUGACCACAAAGGGCCAUGCUUGGUCUCCCCGUAGUGAGCCUGGAAGGGUCGCCUGCGUUUGUUAGCGACAGUUGGUUGGCAGCGCCGGGGCCAGGCUGUCCUUAAGGACAGGGGUCAGGCCUAUAGGAGAGGGCUACAUGGGGCAGAGCAGCACAACAUGGCUUUCUCCUCAUUAAACUAGACUAGACAGAGGACCGAACAGCUCCAACCCAGGACCAGGAUCACGUUAGGGUCUUGUUCACUAGGCACCAAAUGGAAGGAAACAGAAUGGGAGUGCCUAUGGGGUCUGGGGGGAUGGGACAGUGACCCCCCCAUCACCCCAAGAGGCCAUGUGUAAUUUCAUCCCCAGUGCUCAUCAAGCAGAUCUCAUUACAAUGCCAUUCUGCAGUCUUCUAUGCUCACACUGGCUCCAUAUUUUGUAUGUAUCUCUGCCACUAGUUGAACCGUAAAGGCAUCGUGUUGUGUUCUCCCCCUUCCUAAUCCAGCCCCUCCAGAGUCUGCAGUCUGGUCUCACAGCCAGUGAGAAAGAAGGAGACGCCUUUGUUGUUUGGUGUAAUGCCUCUCCUGUCCCGUCCCGGCCGUAGCCUGAUCAAUAGGCUGUUUCUCUGAGAAUAGCGGAGCUCUCAGGCUGGUAGCCCGCUGGCUUGGCAGGCCGCCCAGUCCCCCCCCUCAGCCCUGAUCCGAACCUGCUGGACCUGGCUGCUGCUGUUGGUAACUGGAAGCUCUGUCCGCAGUGAGGGAGGGGGGAGAAGGAUUUGCAAAGUGCUUUUCCUGGCAAUGUCUGUGCAUAAAUUAGAUGUAUUCCUUUUUUCUUUUUUUUUGCUUCUCACUCUUCCUGUCCAUAUUCUGACUGUCUGCUCUGAGUUCAGUCUCAUCUCGGAAGGACUCCAUGCACUUACAUAAACCAAUGUGUUGAACACUGAUCACAUGGUUAAAUCAUGUUUAGGGUACAUAUCCUAUCUGUUUAUGUUUUUAUAUUUCCAGAUAACCAAUACCAUUUAAAAUAAGGUUUAGUAUGGGCCGUUGUCGCACCGUCAAGGCUUACUUGUCCAAGGCUGGCUUGCUUAUGUUAGUUUGUCGAUUUAGAGAUUGUAACUGUAGCUCAGUUGGUAGAGCGUGGCGCUUGCAACGCCAGGGUUGUGGGUUUGAUUCCCAUGGGGGGCCAGUAUGAAAAAUGUAUGCACUCACUAAAACUGUAAGUCGCUCUGGAUAAGAGCGUCUGCUAAAUGACAAAAAAUUUAAAAUGUAAUCAGAGGCCACGCCCACCUUGACCAGGUACCUUUUUUCUCCGCUCUCUCAGUCCCUGAGCCUCCCAUCAUCGAUCUGUCCCGUAGUCGCGUCUACAACGAGGGCCGGUUGUGCUGGCAGCUGGCCGAGGACACCUUGGCCACAGACCACCAUGUCCUUGAGUACAGGAGGCUGGGCACCGAGCAGGAUGAGGAGGAGGGCGCCAGCCGCUGGUGCCUCACAGACCGGGUGUAUGGCCCCAGCACAGUGGUGUGUGACCUGGAGGCCGACAGCCUCUACUCUUUCAGAGUCCGCAGCUGCCGCAACUCCCUCUACAGCCCCUACAGCCCAGAGGUCACCUUCCACACACCACCUGCCCCAGGUAGGCACCAGGCACUGAUGAGGUCACACACCCGCACUGAGGAUGAUGUUGUAUUCAUGUGAUGGGGAGGGAGAGAGGUGGGCCUGGGCCCUAUUCCAAAACACAGCACUACUGGAAUAGCAACUCGAAACAAACAAAAAAAUGCUCGGCAAUCAUGUAACAAUGCUUCAAUGCCAUUUCUGUGUUGCAGGAACUGGGAAGAACUAGUAUACUGGUCUCAAUGGCCAGCGUGGGUCUACUAGGCUGUGAAAGCGGCCCUGAAUGUUGAUCUGGAUGCUAAUUAUCCUAAUUACCAAGAAAGGAGUCUUAUGUUCUCUUACGCCGGCACCCCGCCUGUGUUGGGCUUCAGGGCUGAAGUUGAGCUCUUUAAAAAAUAAAAAUAAAUAAUCCUCUUCUACCAAGUCUGUCUGGGUAUUUAGCAGCCCGAUCCACGGAACAUUACAAACGGACCGAUGCUCGACUGUUCAAAAGUGAACUGUGGGAUAAAAUACAGUGGACAGUUAUGAAACCUCUGUGCGACUUCUUUAAUGUAUCACUUCUGCAACCCAUCUCCUUUGUUGGAUUGCAGAAAUCCCAGCCUUUUGAAUGCUUUGUUUCUUUUAGACUGACUGAAGCAUUGCAAUGCAGCAGAGGCCCGGAGUAACAGUACAUCUGCUUACGUCUUUCGAAGUGUUUUUCAGCCUCUGAUGGUUUAACAAUCAUAUGCCAUCUGUAAAGCACUAGAUAUCACUCAAGUCUAUUGAAUUGGACAGUCCCCACCCUCUUGUCCUAACCUCCAUGCGCAUGUACAAUUGCUGAUCCAUUUGGAUUUCGUUGUUGAUCCUCCCUUGCCUCAUUAGUCUGCAGUAAACCAGGGCUGGGGUGCUGAGAGCUGGAGCCCACUGUGGAUUGAAGCCCAGUGAUAGGACUGGGAGCCCACAUUCCUGUGUCCUGACUGUGGGGAUGUCGCAGUGCGUUAGUAAUGAGGUGGAAUUCUGGGUCAAUGCUGGCUAGACCAGACAGUACAGUAGCUACAUCACGCCUCCUAUCACAAGUCAGUGUUGGCAUACUGCAUAGACUUAUCAGUACUGGAGGACAAUAUAUUUGUCCAUUUUAUUUUAUGAAGCUCAUCUUUUUAAGAUGACUCAAUUUAAAUUAAGUUUGUGCAGUUCAUACAACAAAGGAUAAAGGGGUAAACGACUAGUAUUUUUGCCCUCGUUUUUUGCGGGAAUGAAUAAUAUGAAUUAAAAGUAUCUCUAGUACCAUGAGACAAAAUGCAAUGACUCAAUGCACAGGCAUAACUAUAUUAGUGGGUAAGUUAAUAGUAAUUAUGGCCUUUGGUGUUGUAACUAUUUUUUUUAGACUUUUUAAUCUGCAGCAGAUGCGACUUAGAAAAUUAUUUAAAAUAACCUUAAAUGAGAAAUGAAGCAUUGUUUUGUCUUUCUAUACAUGUCAAUUGAUAAUUUUGGAUGUUCUGUCAAUUCCUUCACUUGUUGACGGUCUUUACAAUGGCGCCCUCAUGUGACACUUUAUGAAAGCCCACCUUCUCCGUGACAUCCUGAGAUGAGGAAACAGGAAAUCCUAUCAGCGUCUGACUGUUCCUUUUGUAUUGUUGCUCUCUUCCUGUAGCGUUUGGCUUCCUAUUCAACGACAAGUGCGGCUUCAGCUCGGAGCGGCUGGCGUUGAGCAAGCGCCGUGACUCUGUGGAGAGCGUGGCCGGCAUGGCCUUCCUGCUGGCUGCUGAGCGUGUGCAGACGGGCAGCUACAUGGGCCUGGAUUACAUCAUCGGUGACAUGGGCAUCUCUCAGGGCAGACACUACUGGGCCUUCAGCGUGGAGCCCCACUCCUACCUGGUCAAGGUGGGCGUGGCCUCUGAUUCCAAGCUGCUGGAGUGGUUCCACAACCCCCGAGACACUAGUAGCCCCAGGUAAACUCCGCCUCUGAAUCACUCACUUAGGAUCAGGACUGAGUCACAAAGAAGCCUGUGACGUAAGAAGCAUUAACUUGUAAACUAGGGGUGUCAAACUCAUUCCAUAGAGGGCCUAGUGUUUGCUGGUUUUUCUUUUCAUAUAUAUAUAUAUAUAUAUAUGUAUGUAUGUAUGUAUGUAUGUAUGUAUGUGUAUGCCCUUGACAACCAGGUGAGUUCCUUACUAAUUAGUGACCUUAAUUCAUCAAUCAAGUACAAGGGAAGAGUGAAAACCCACACACUCGGCCCUCCGUGUGGAAUGAGUUUGACACGUGGUGUAGAGUGUUAAUUCACAGAAAAGGCCUUAGUUUCUCAACAAUUCUUUUCAAAUAUUUAUAACAUUUUUGACAUGCGUUUUUCUGGAUUUUUUUGUUGUUAUUCAGUCUCGCACUGUUCAAAUAAACCUACCAUUAAAAUUAUAGACUAAUCAUGUCUUUGUCAGUGGGCAAAUGUACAAAAUCAGCAGGGGAUCAAAUACUUUUUUCCCUCACUGUACCUACUGUGUGGGUUUACUGUGCUGUAUAUUUACAUUUACAUUUUAGUCAUUUAGCAGACGCUCUUAUCCAGAGCGACUUACAGGAGCAAUUAGGGUUAAGUGCCUUGCUCAAGGGCACAUUUACGUCAUUUAGCAGACGCUCUUAUCCAGAGCGACUACAAAUUGGUGCAUUCACCCUAUAGCCAGUGGGAUAACCACUUUACAAUUAUACCUUUUUUUUUUUCUUUUUUUUUUAUAUAUUUUUUUUUCUUUGAACAGGCUUCCAGGUAACAGUGAGGAAACAUUCAGUGGGGGGGCAGGUAGCUUAGUGGUUAAGAGCGUUGUGCCAGUAACUGAAAGGUCGCUGGUUCUAAUCCCCAAGCCGACUAGGUGAAAAAUCUGUCUGUGCCCUUGAGCAAGGCACUUAACCCUAAUUGCUUCUGUAAGUCGCUCUGGAUAAGAGCGUCUGCUAAAUGACUAAAAUGUAAAUGUCAGUAUUAUUGAAUGGGCCGUAGUUGUAGGCUAACUCUGUUGCCUGUCUCCCACCUCCAGGUACGACCACGACAGUGGGCACGACAGUGGCAGCGAGGACACUUGCUAUGAUCUGUCCCAGCCAUUCACUCUGCUCACUGUGGGCAUGGGCAAAGUGUUCCUCCCCAAAGCGUCCAUCUCUUCCGCCGGCGACCACAGCAACCGGGUGCUGCCCAUGCCCCAGCGCAUCGGCGUGUGCCUGGACUACGAGGCGGGCCGGGUCUUCUUCUACGAUGCAGACACCAUGAGGUGCCUUUACGAGCGGCAGGUGGACUGCUCUGGUACCAUGUACCCUGCCUUUGGCCUCAUGGGUAGUGGCAAGGUCCAUCUAGAGGAGUUCAUCACGUCAAAGCGACUGUCGUAUAUGUGA